AUGUCUCUGGCCGAUGAACUUCUAGCCGAUUUGGAUGACGCCGGGGACGUUGAAGAUGAAGAGGACCCAUUCACUUCUGCAAAGUUGGAAUUAGUGGAUGCUAGCGUUGUCGAUAAUGGUGAUACUGAAAUGGCAGAUACGUCAACAACGAACGGUGUGCUUGUGCCAGAGAGCCUAGUGGGUCCACUGAAGCCCACACACCUCAUUCAUGCACCCAUGAUCAAUGCACCCAUCACUGCUUUUGCUAAACUGAGAAACAGUGAAAAGCUAACUAAUGUUAUGAGCCAAAUCGACAAAUUUUCGAGACAGGAGAAGAGGGCGAAGAUUGUUGGUCCUGUUGAGGCCGAUCCCGAGUAUAACUGCAUUGUUGAGUCGAAUAACCUUAUUGUUGAAAUCGAUAAUGAAAUAGAUAUCAUUCAUAAAUACGCUCGAGAUAUUUAUCAACAUCGUUUUCCGGAACUGGAAUCUUUGGUUCCUCAACCCAUGGACUACCUAAAAGUGAUAUUAGCUCUCGACAAUGACAUAUUGGAGCGUUCGAAGAAUACCAACCUCCUGGCUUCCUUCCUCACCCCUGCCACGAUCAUGGUUGUCACCGUGACGGCGUCGACCACACAGGGUGUGCAGCUUGAGCCGGCAGCACUGAAUCGGGCGAAGGACGCUUGUGUGAUGGCUAUUGAACUUUUCGAGAUGCGCAAGACUAUUAUGGACUAUGUGGAGUCUCGCAUGUCCUUCAUCUCACCUAAUGUAAGCAUACUUGUGGGCGCAUCCACCGCCGCAAAACUCAUGGGUCGAGCUGGAGGCCUGACGGCACUCUCGAAGAUGCCCUCCUGCAACAUUCAGGUACUGGGUGCGCAUCGACGCAACCUUGCGGGCUUUAGCAACAACGCUAGCUUGCCGCACACGGGCUACAUUUACCAUUCAGAGUUUGUGCAAAAGCUACCACCUGACCUACGCACCAGGGCGGCACGUCUCCUCGCCAACAAGGUGGCGCUGGCCGCGCGUGUAGACUCUUUCCAUCGAUCCCAGGAUGGAACAAUCGGUGAGCAGAUGCUUUUGGAGGUGGAAAAGAAGAUAGAUAAAUGGCAGGAGCCGCCUCCGGUGAAGCAGGUCAAGGCUCUCCCGGCUCCCAUCGACCCACCAGCAAAGAAGCGUGGAGGCCGUCGAUACCGCAAAAUGAAGGAGCGUUUGGGAAUGACAGAGAUGCGUCGCUCCGCAAACCGCAUCCAGUUCGGUCAAGUAAGCGAGGACGCCUACCAAUCAGAUUUGGGCUUUUCGUUGGGCUCGCUGGGCCAGCGCGGCGUGGCGGGUCAUCUGCGCGUGCCCACAGCGGAUUCGAAGACAAAGGCGAGGGUGAGCAAGGCGCUGCAGCAGAAGCUCUCCAAGUAUGGGGGCCUUUCCACCAUGCCCACCACCGCACUGGGCGCUGCCACCUCCUCGGCUGUUUGGGGCACCACCUCUUCAGUGCGUCGAGGCGGCACCGAGACCGCUGGAACUGCAUCCUCAGUCACCUUCACUCCAGCACAGGGUCUCGAGAUCGUCAAUCCAAUGGCGUCACAGAAGCAGGUGGAUGAGCACAAGAAGUACUUCAGUGCGACCGCUGGUUUUGUUAAGUCGAAAACCAACUCCAACGACAGCAUGCCGCCUCCGGCACCCAAGGCCACAUAA